UUUGCUAUUGACGGUGUUUGUAUGUCAACAAAACUCCAUCAUGCUCUGCCAUUAUUCAAGUGAAAUGAGUGGCAAAGCAAACAGGGUGAAGUACAGCGUAUUCAUUAGACCUUAACACUCAGCAACAACGGACUAUUUACAUCAGUUUGGGGACCUACUGGUUGAGGCUAUGACACCCAUAGCACAAGGGGAUUGACAUUUACAAGUGAUACUCGUACUUCUACAAGAUGUUCACACGGUGACAUGUCACCUUUUUAAUCAAUCUGGUGGUGUGUUGACAUUUUAUCUACGGGUUACCAAGGAAUUAUCUUAUGUGGACUCCUAAUUUGAGAUGAACUGGGACACGUGUUAUUUUAGCCAGUUGGAGGUAAAACCCAUAGCGUUUAUGAUUUAGCUAUCUUUAAAAAUGACUGGUAAAGGAGGGAAAAUGGACUAUACCAUCAAUACAGCCAUCAAAAGAGGCUUUUUCCAACAGGUGCGUUUCCUUAUAGAGCUUGGGUCCGAUGUGAACGGAAAAGACGAAGAUGGUUUAACGCCAUUGAUACUUUGUGCAAUGAUAGAGGAAGAGGAAUGGGGAGUUGGUCUUUCGAGACUCUUGUUAGAAAAGGGAGCGUCGGUAGGUUUUCGUGACAAACGAGGACUUAAUGCUCUACAUUACGCCUGUCUUUACCAACGUCUAGAACUGGUUCGUGUUUUUCUAUGCGCAAUUGACUACGACCUAAAUCAGGGAGAUAAAUUUGGAAAUACGGCGUUACAUUACGCCGUUUCUGUUGGUAACGUUGACAUUACACGGUUACUGUUAAGAACACUGCAGAAAUAUGGGAUGACGGUGGACAAACCCAACCGACGUGGAUUUACUCCUCUCAUACAAGCAUGGAGCACUGGUCGCGUCACCUGUGCACAAAUUCUUGUAGACGAGGGGCACGCAGACCAAGAGACCGCCGACAAAGUAGAGGGGAAAACUGCUAAAGAGUGGGAAACUGAAGUUUUAGCCAAAAUGAACAAACUUGUGAUCAAUCCCAAAGUAAGACGCAAUAGACCAAGUACCGCGUCACGCGUGUCAUCUGCGCCAAUUUUACGUCGCCGGAGACCAAGCACCGCGAUGAGCUUAAGGGGUAAUCGGAAUGCACCUGACAAUGGACUCCUAGUCAAUGUAGAAAAAACAGACAUGUUAAUCCGCAGUGCCAGUUUGUCAGACUUGAGAAAUAACCCCGAAUUCGUUUUUAAACUAUCUGCCGUGGACUAUUUCAGUCAAGAAAAUAUGAAUGACUUCCAACCCCAGUAUGGAGAGGGUUAUGACGGUUUCCAAGGACAUUAUCAGAGACUAGCCGUAGACGGUAAUUGGAAAGGCGAAGUGAAAUCUCUUUUGCACGAAUUUCAAUUCCAGUGCUCUCCCUCUUACAGGGACAGUAUAAAACCACCUCCUCCGCGACAAUACAUUCGUCCCACAACGCCCCCUAGUCAACUCUCCGACGGUGAAGUACCAAUGUCUGAUCGGGGAAGCGUAACUGGACGUAGGUCAAUUGCUGGACCCCGUGGUAAGAAAUUAGAACGUCAAACGUCCGACGCGAAUAUGUCUCGCCGCGGGUCUGUGGUAAACCUUGGUCCAGCAGGGAGACGGAAAAAUUCCAUCGACGCCGGCAAUUUGCCUCCUGGUUCCAGAGGACAGCGCAACAAAAGAGGAAGCGUUGACAUUGUACAAGAAGAGUGUGAUUCUAGUCAAAGUGGGGGAUCAGCAGGAAACAAAUCUGGGCUAUCAGAUUCCGCCAAAGCUAGUACAAAUAGAAAAGAGACCGAGAAUGCCAAACUUCCCCCUCGACCCGUAAGCAGAACUGGGCAGUAUCGGAAUAACAUACCAGUGGUCAAGGAAACAAAAGUGGAUAGUGAUCGGACUCAACUGGAUAACGUUUAUGAAGAAGAUGACCCAAACUAUUUGUCACCAUCACGGGCCUAGCUAAUUAUUAUCAUCAUUAUUAUUUACUGAUAAAAAUGCAUCUUCCAUCUUAAAUCCACAAUGUCAACAUGUUUUUAGGACUUGUUUCUAGAUUUGUUUGACAUCAUACAGUACUUAUGAUUUCGGAAAAUGUUCCGACGGCGGGGUCCAUAAUACUUUCACAUAUUUUAGUGCCAUUUUACACACGUUUUAAAUGAUAUCCGCAAUCAAAUAAUUUUGGUUAUUGUAUUCAAUCACUUUUUUGUGCGCAUAUUAGUUUUGUUUUUCGUUGGAUUUGGAGUCAUUGUACAUUAUUUUAAAGACAGGUCAAAGUCUUUGGUACUUUAAGCAACCGCCAAGUGUACGUUCUGCAAUUUUACAUUUAAUUACAUAAAAAACUUAUAAUAAAACGAAUAAUAAAUCUAGUCGUAUGUAUUAUACGUACAGCCAAGGAAUGAAAACUAGAAAUCAAAAAGACAAACAAAACCAAAGUGAGCAUUUAUAGAUGUUUUGUGUUUUAAAAUAUUUUUUCCUUAAAAAAGGGUGAAUUUUUUUACGAUGCGAGUCAUUAGAAAGCGCUGUUCGACUUUUUUUUACAUGACUUUUGGUCUAGGCUCUACGUCUGUGGUAUGUAAAAUAUUAUAAACCUUUUAUUGUACUAGGUCAAUUCAUUAUGCCUAGGUGUUCAGUAUAUCCCCCUUUUCUGUUAUUUUAGUUGUGAACUAAAUUCAGUAAAAUGACAUUAGCUGUAUACGUUUAUCAGGAUUUGAUCGUAAAUCGAUACUUUUCUUUAUUCAUGUGGUAGGUUUUUGGUCUCUGAAUGAGAAUGUACAGGGCAUUUGUCUUGUUUUUAUUGUGAUAUUUCAGUAGUUUUUGAUAAAAUGUAUCACAAUAUGCUGAACCCCGGUCUUUUUCAGUCUUGCACGUUUCAACCUACAGGGCCGAUAUUCGAAUAAGACUGUUUUACAAAUAAAAA